UCUGAUAUCGAAAUUACUUCAAUCCCCGCACCGUUUGCCGGCAUCGGAUUUGCAACCAUUUGGGAUGAUUGCACACAAAGUCUGUACUACGUUGACUACAUCUCGACUGGUCAGAAUUUAUCAAUUUUUCGAUACGGUUUCAAUGAAGAUCGUGGCUAUGGAGCUUACAUAGUUGGUGUGAUCACGUCACCGUCUUUUAUUUUGCCGAUUAAAGACUGUAACAAAUACAAACAUCUGUUUGCCAUCGGCGUGGAUCAUGAUGUAAUCAUUGUUGAAUGGGAUGGAAAGUCACCAGCUGCAAAAGUCAGUACACUAUUUAGUGUUGAACAAUUUGAUCAGAACAGUCGUUGGUGUUUGGCAAAGCAAAGCAAACGCGGCCACUUUUAUGGUGGAUCCAAUCAUGUUACGUUCUGUAACUCACCGAAAAAUGCAUCACUUUACAUGUACACGCCUGAAAAAGGUGUCACACGUCUCUUUGGUGGUAUGAUUUCAACCACGGGACUAGCCUAUGAUCACGAUCAUCUCUAUCAUGUGGACGCUUGCACAAAUCUUAUCACUGCUUUCCAUGCCACGACAUGCGGCGAUAUUU